CAGCACCAGCUUUUUUAUAGGACACCUUCUCCUUCUCUAACAGCAGAUUCGUCAAAUUCGUCCAAGCAAGGAAACCUAGAAGGGCGUCUGGCCAGGACAAAGUCUAAGCCAAGGCGGGCCUUUCGUCGCGUCCCCGCCUUGGCGUUUCCUGUGGCGUGAGCAGCCCGGGCAUCCAUGUCGAAAGUGCGGUGGCGGAACAGGCGAGCAGGCGAAGAGCGGCGCAGGCGCAGACGCGCGGGCGGGAAGAUGGCGGCUGGGUUCAAAACUGUGGAACCUCUGGAGUAUUACAGGAGAUUUCUAAAAGAGAACUGCCGUCCUGAUGGAAGAGAACUUGGUGAAUUCAGAACUACAACUGUCAACAUAGGUUCAAUUAGUACCGCAGACGGUUCUGCUUUAGUGAAGUUGGGAAAUACUACAGUAAUCUGUGGAGUUAAAGCGGAAUUUGCAGCACCACCAACAGAUGCCCCUGAUAAAGGAUAUGUUGUUCCUAAUGUGGAUCUACCACCCCUGUGUUCAUCGAGAUUCCGGUCUGGACCUCCUGGAGAAGAAGCCCAAGUGGCUAGCCAGUUCAUUGCAGAUGUCAUUGAAAAUUCACAGAUAAUUCAGAAAGAGGACUUAUGCAUUUCUCCAGGAAAGCUUGCCUGGGUUCUAUACUGUGAUCUCAUUUGCCUUGACUAUGAUGGAAACAUUUUGGAUGCCUGCACAUUUGCUUUGUUAGCUGCUUUAAAAAAUGUACAGUUGCCUGAAGUUACUAUAAAUGGAGAAACUGCUUUAGCAGAAGUUAAUUUAAAGAAGAAAAGUUAUUUGAAUAUUAGAACUCAUCCAGUUGCAACUUCCUUUGCUGUGUUUGAUGACACUUUGCUUAUAGUUGACCCUACUGGAGAGGAGGAACAUCUGGCAACAGGAACCUUAACAAUAGUAAUGGAUGAGGAAGGCAAGCUCUGUUGUCUUCACAAACCAGGUGGAAGCGGGCUAACUGGAGCUAAACUUCAGGACUGUAUGAGCCGAGCAGUUACAAGACACAAAGAAGUUAAAAAAUUGAUGGAUGAAGUAAUUAAGAGUAUCAAACCCAAAUAAAUAUCCACCACAUUUUCAAAACAGAUUUGUAAAAACUGUAUUUGUUAACACUGUGCACAAAUGUUUUGUACUAAAUAAAUCUCAAACUACAUUCUUCUGAAA